AUGCAAGUCUUCUCGGAACGGCAUAUACCGAGUUCACCUCCACCUCCUGUGGCGGCAAUCAGACCAGCUAACCGUAUUUCGAUACCCCCCUUCUUGGGGGUGUACUUCGGAUGGAGAGACCUCGGGUUCAACCUGAUCCGACUCCCCGUCGCAUGGGGUCACAUCCAAGAUGGAUGCAACGGGCCACUAAACGGAACCACACUAGCAGGUCUCGACAACCUCGUCAACACCAUCACAGGAAACGGUAGCACCGUCAUCUCGGACAUUCACAGCUACGCCCGAUACUAUUGCGCUGUAAUCGGCCAAACCCUCCUCAACCUCCCCGGCGCGCCCCAGAAAGUAACAGACGACCACUUCGUCAACCUCUGGAUAAAGCUCGCCUCCCAUUACAAGGACAAAACAUGA